AUGACCUCUGCGAAUGGUUGGUUCAGAAAGUUGAUCCCAAGACUUGUUCGUAGAUGUACAAAGCUUGAUCAUGACCUCUGCGAAUGGUUGGUUCAGAAAUUUGAUCCGAAAACUUGUUCGUUGAAUGUUCAUGGGCGCCGACUCCUCCUUACUGAACUAGACGUUCACAAGUUAUUGGGCAUUCUUGCCGAAGGCAAAACAAUAGAACUAAAAAAAUCUUCACAAGCAUUUCCCAAGCUAUUUGAAGAACUUGGAGUUGUCCAAGGACCUAUCAAACUGAAUGCUUUGAGAGAGUAUUUGACCAAAACAGAGGGAGCUGGAGAGGAAUUUAUGAGGAUAUUUGCCCUAUACAUGUUAGGUGCCUUCUUAUGCCCAACCACAAAGGAUGUUGUUAAACAAUCAUUCAUUCACCUCAUUCAGAAUGUGGAUGGCAUGAAGGAUUAUAAUUGGUCAAAGUUCACUCUUCAAUUCUUUGUUCGUGGUUUAUGCAAGUACAAUUCGAAAAGUCACUCACAACCAAAUGGAUGCUUAUUUCUUAUAAUGUUGUUUUACUUUGAUCGUGUUGCCCCUAGUGGUUGUGAUGUUGCUCGUGCUCGUUCGGUCCCCUACUUGGCUGAUUGGGGUGAUGCAGAAAUAAAGGCGACACUAAAACUAUUCCAAAAUUCAGGAGGUUACCAGAAUGAGGAGGUCAUCCUUAGCAUAUCCUUUCUUUUAUGUUUGGUUUUUGUUUGUUAUUUUUCAUGUUGAAAUGGAAA